AUGCCUAAAUGUUGGGAAGGUCAUCGCUUGUGUCGCGAAUCAUGCAGGAAGCGACACCCGGAGUGCACCUACUGCGAAGCGCCUGCUGCGCUCCAAUCCCCUGUGCUGGUCUGCCGCCAGUGCUCGUGGUGGCUGGUCUGCUCCACUUGUGCGAAGCGCCCGCGGCUGCCGAAGAUCCGGUUGGAUCCUCUUUUCUUCGGCCCGAACACCCCUCGCUUGCUGCCCUCAACAACGACGCCCGACCAUCGGGCGACGGCUGGGAGCAUCAUCAUUUGCCCGGGUGGGAACUACCAGUUCUUGGUGCCUCACGAGGGACCGCCGGUUGCGGAGUAUUUCGCGCAGAAGGGCUUCCGCGCCUAUGUGCUUCGCUACCGGCUGCUGCCGAAGUACGACUUUGAAGACAUGCAGCAGGAUUUGGAGGUAGCUGCGCAGCUGCUGAGACAAACCUUUCGAGGCCCCGUGUGCGCUCUGGGCUUCAGCGCUGGGGGCCACUUGGUGGCCUCCGUGGGCCUUCGCACCUCCCAAGCGACACGGCCGUUGGAAGCGCAGGCUUUGGUGUAUCCAUGCAUCGACGGUCGUGACUGGGCAGAUGAAGACACCUGUGGAUUUUGGGGAGAUGACUUCGACGAGUGCUUUCGCAAGGCAGGGAAGACCCAGCAGUGUGGUGCUGUGGCAUGUGUGGAUGGAUGA